UUGACCAUGUAAUUUUAUUCUCAAACGUAUUGUAGUUAAAGUAAACAUGUUGUACCAUAGUUAGGAAUUCAAUAUGAAAUUAAAGAUACAAGAAAAACUUUAUUGAAUUUCCAGCAUCCCUCAGUCGGUAUCUCAGUACCGGAUGCCAUUCGCAUUCUUUUUUUGUCACGUAACUCGACGAUAAAACGCUGUAGCAGUAUUUCGGACACGUGAGGCACGCAACUGCUUCUUUAUCCAUUCGCACCCUUCUUUAUCCAUUAGAGAAAUUCUUUUGUCGUUUCAAAUUUCCCGCUUUUUUCGUUUUUUUUUUUUGUUUCUCUAUCUACUUUCGCCCAUUUUCACCUUUCCAUACGUUUCACGCGUUUGUAUGCAUAUAUUUAUAGACACCUUUUUAAAAUUCCUUCGUACGAUCACGUUACGCGCGGUGCGACGGAUGCGUAACGCUCGACAUUCCCCGAUCGACACUGUUGCUCAUUGCGAAAUCGCAUAUCGGUCGCCUCGUUUAUUAUUGCGCGAGCCUAACGGGCGAACGUAACUUCUUUCGUUCUUUCUUUCUUCUGCUACGACUGCAUUCUAACCCCCCACGUGUCACUUAUCCUUAUGCAUUAACGUGCGUAGAAAUAUCGCAGGGGCCGCGGCCUUUAUGGUUACGUACGUAUUAUCUGCAUGCCCGCCAUGUUGCAACACUGCAGCCAGGAGAAACCCGUGGAGCACAAAGGAGAGCGUGCCGUGGGCGACCUUGUUGCUCUUACCAAGAAUCAAACCGAUCGUUUCAUUUCUCCAUUAUUUUUCUUAUUCUUCAUAAAUACGCUGUCGCCCAUUGUACAUUGCCUGUCUGAAAUUUAUUUAGAUCAUUUUAUCAUAGGACAAAACAAUAUGUAAUAAAAGGAUCCAAGCACUAACCUCUGUAGGAACGCACUGUGAUUAUUCGACGCGUCCAUCUUCUUUUUUUCUCCUAUCGCGAGUGUGUGUGUGUGUAUGUGUAUAUAUAUAUAUAUAUAUAUAUGCAUUUGUAGAAUAUCCAUAGCGCGAAAACGAAAUAUAAGUUUUAGAUGUCUAGACGGUAGAAUAGACAGUAUGGGCGCACGAGUGAACGUAGCCAAUAUAUAUAUUUCUAAGUAUACAAUUGGGGCUAUACAUGUAUAAAAAUAAUAAUGUAGAACAUUUAUGUAUUGGACAAAAACUAACAGACUCGUAUUACAAGGAGAGUAUGAAAUUGUUAUAUAUAUAUUUUUUAUUUUAUCGUUAUGACUAUGGAGCAGUUCCCUUGUCGGACCUGAGAGACUCCUUACCGCUGGCUUAGUUUCUUCUUUUUCCCUUUCACGGCACGUCAACGUUUUCUCAUACGGACGUCAGUCGCGAAUCGCCAUAUUUGAUUUAUGCUCGCGUCACGCUCAAGAAAAUCAAUUGACAAGCUAAACAUUAUUCAAGAGGUACCGGUUCCCGCGUUUUCAUCAUCUUUUGGAAAGCCCGUUUCGCGAGCGUUCUUGUAAUUAUUUCAAAUUUACGAUUAUUCGUAUACCCGUAUACAAAUAAGGUAUAUAUAUCUGUUACGUCAUACAGGACACAGGCUUCAUCAUCGUACACGGAUACUGCGAGAUUCUCAGAGUUAAUUUUUUUUCAACAAUCGCGCAUAAUAACGACUUGAAACAAAAAUCCUCUAAAUCAUUCAGUCAUAGGCAAAUGUUGAAUAUGGUGAUUCUUUUUUUUUUCAUUCUUUUUUUUUUUGUAUUCUAUGUCCUUAGACCCCGCACAGAGACUCCGAAUCCCGCGAGAUCGAUUAGCCCAAUGGGAAUCGCGUGGCAUAAACUCGUUUUGUAUACUGCCGACGAUCCUUUAUAAUUUGGCGGGUCGGGGCGAAGGGGGAGCUACGGAGGAUAAUUAAUCAAUUUAUAUAUAUGUGUAUAUAUAUAAAAUGUGGUAUUUAAAAACCCAUGCAAUAGUUUUUGGCCAACGUCGAGACUUACGACGCUGUUGGCUGAGCUCUGUACAGUACAUUAUAGAUACUAUAUUUUCCAUAUAUUAAUAAUAUUGAUUAUUUGUUACAUUCAUUAUACAGUUAUGAAUACUAUCAUUAAAACUACUAUACCAUCAGAUUAUUAUAUUAUAUUAUAUUAUAUUAUUAUUAUUGCUAUAAAUAUUGUUAUUAUUAUUAUUAUUGUCAUCAACUUAAUGUUAAUUAGUGCUAAAAGAAAUAUCAUUAUAUUAAAUGGUAAAUUAAGUACAAGCUGUGUAAUUUAUUUGAUCUGCUUAUGACUUGUUAAUUUCCUACGUUACCGACUGACCGUGUUGGGUUUCUCCUGUCAAAAUUCCUUGUAACCGUGUCAGUUACGUCAUCAUGACGGUUUUGAAGGAUCGACGGGUAAAAAAGAGCGAACGAGUCUGCCCAGAUUCAGGGCCCGGGAAAAACCUGUUGAUUCGGAUCGUCAAUGUUGUCUUUCUGGAAGAGACCAGUUUCUGUGUUGAACUGUGAUAUAUAGCUCGGUGGUUAUAUAAAAUUACGUAACUGGUAUAUCUGGAUGAGCGCGUGUUUAUGCUGUCGAUUGUGGGCCAUGCAAUUUUGGAUUGUAAAAACAGACAGGAAAGAAUUACGUGUGAGGUGGAUGAGUGUGAACUCGCCUUUGGAUGGUACGUGACGCCUGAUGGAUGGGUGGAUUGAUGGCACGAGUAUCGGCCUAAUGGGAAAUUAUUUGGUGAGGUCGAUACUGAUUAUAGUAAUUAAUGUAUUUGCCUGAGGGUCAGCCAUUUUGGAGUUAGCGCCGGGUCGACCUUGAAUCAGAUCUUUCGCUGGACGUGCUGCAUGCUGUUACUUGUUGAUGUUUAUUGUAACCACGUAUUAAGUGUUGGGCAAUAAUGAUUGGUACUAUGUAGAGAAAAUGAGACGUUGCGUAUUUGAGUUUGGUAGUUUCCCUGGGAACAAAAAGAUGGCCGCUGGGGACAAAGUAGAUUUUAUGGUAGAUUACUUUUGAGUUUAGGUUAUGAAUAUUUGUAUUAGUUCUUGACAGAAUUCUUGGAGUUUGAUAUAUAUAUAUAUACUGUGUAUUUAGGGUCUGUGUAUAAAUAUAGAGAUAAUGAAAAUUUAGGAUAAGACUGAUAUAGAUAGAUUAUGUGGUUUGGAAUUUUGUUUAAUUUCCUUUGGUAAGAGAUAAUACUGAUUUGCACUUAGUUUUUAUCAGUAUUGCUGACACAAUGAAAAUUUGGUCUAUUGUAAAGUUAAUUGUCACCUUGACAACCAUUAUCUUCGUUAAUCGUGAUUUUGCCACGUAUACACUAUACACUGGACAAUUUGGACGUGGGUUUCGUGAAAUUAAGUUGGAAAUUUGACUUUUUAGUGCGACGGACAAUCGUGGCUUUUACUUGUUUUUUUGACAAAUGGAGAGACGUAAUUUAGAUGUUGAUAAAGAUAACACGUCAAAACUAUUCGUAACGUGGAGUAAAGACGGUACUAAGGCCGACCGGAAAUCAUCGCUCAAUGGGGAUGAAACCAAAGUGAAUUGUAAUCUGGGUUUAUCCGAGGUGAAGAAAUUAGAUCAGAAAUUGGAAAUUCUUGUUGUGAAUUUCAAGGCUGGUCCAUCAGAGGUCUCUUUCGAGAACAUAUCAGCGCCAUCUGUUAAUUCUACGGUGGAAACAAGAGCGCAGUGUUCUAGUGCGCCUAGUGGGAUUUUGUUGAACAGUCAACAUACCACGAGCUGCUGUAAUUUUUCACCCUCGGCCUGUGCGUGCGGAUGGUGCAGAAAUAAAUAUGAAGAAUUUAAUGGCACGCGACAGUUUAACGAGGCAAUUAAUCGAGAAGAGAAUCUCGACUGGUACGUGUCCAGGGAAUCCUGGGAAGCAUCCGAGCCAAAUAAUAACCUAGAAAUGUCAUCUCACGAACGUGCCUACGUUGUAGUUGGUCAUACAGUCACUGCUUACUGUACGGAUUUGAAAAGAUGUAGUCAACUGAUGAGAGCGUUACAAAGAAAUGCUAUGAAUGCAGGAUAUAAAGAUAUUCCUUAUCACUUUGUGAUAGCCGGCGAUGGUAGAGCUUACGAAGGACGGACUUGGCAAGCUGCUCCAGAGAGUGCGUACAGUUGCGAUAACAAUUGCCUGUUCGUAUCUUUUACAGGUGAUUAUAGAAAUUGUUGUUCCGCUCCGAAUCACAUACCGAGCGAGGAGCAGAUCCAGGCUUUCGAUUAUAUAUUGGACACGUCCAGGAGACUCAAUAGACUGAAAGAAGAUUUCGCCAUUGUGCCUCAAUGUAAAGUUGCCUCCUCGCAAAGUCCUGGACUUAACUUGUACAACGCGAUUAAGAAAUGCAAUCAAUUUGACUCGACUGCUGGGAACUUUAAUGGAUUUUGUAAUUUAAAUUGUGCUGGUGAGUGUUAAACAUGACUGUAUUUUAUUGACUUAUAUUAAAUAGGAUUGAUAUAAAAUAUAUAUUCUUGAAUGGCAUCUUAUAUUUAAUAAUAAAAAACAAUCCUAUAGUGUCUUUAUAAUAGUACUUUCAUCUUACACGUGUCUAGUACAAUCACCAUAAAAUAUAUAGACUGUUAUUGAUAACUCGGUGAAACAAUAUAUUAAUUUACAGUGUAAAUCACCAUUCUUGAAAUAAAAGUUGUCUGAGUCA